UCAGGAUAUAUUUUCUGUGUGUGGCUCUCCUUUUCCCAUCCACAGUCCAUAGGAGCUCGGUCACGUUUGCAGUGGGGAUUCUCUCGUGGAAACUAACAGGGAUGCCAAAGGAAAAAUAUGAUCCUCCAGAUCCUCACAGAAUUUAUACCAUCAUGUCAGCAGAAGAGGUAGCCAACGGGAAGAAGUCACACUGGGCUGAAUUAGAGAUCUCGGGUAGAGUGCGGAGCUUAAGUACGUCACUUUGGUCGCUGACGCACUUGACUGCUCUGCACCUCAAUGACAAUAACCUUACUCGCAUUCCACCUGAUAUUGCCAAGCUUCAUAAUCUGGUUUACCUGGAUCUGUCAUCCAACAAACUCAGAAGUUUACCAGCAGAACUAGGAAACAUGGUGUCUCUCAGGGAAUUGCUUUUAAAUAACAAUCUGUUACGGGUUUUGCCUUAUGAACUUGGACGGCUCUUCCAGCUACAAACCCUAGGUUUGAAAGGCAAUCCUUUAUCACAAGAUAUUCUCAGCCUCUACCAGGAUCCAGACGGAACUCGAAAGCUACUGAACUACAUGCUUGACAAUCUAGCAGUUCAUCCAGAGCAGCUGCCUCCAAGGCCAUGGAUUACUUUAAAAGAACGAGACCAAAUUCUGCCCUCAGCUUCAUUCACCGUUAUGUGUUACAAUGUGUUGUGUGAUAAGUAUGCCACCCGGCAGCUCUAUGGCUACUGCCCAUCUUGGGCGCUCAAUUGGGAGUACAGAAAGAAGGGAAUCAUGGAAGAAAUCGUCAACUGUGAUGCAGAUAUCAUUAGUCUUCAGGAAGUGGAAACAGAGCAAUACUUCACCCUUUUUCUGCCAGCCUUGAAAGAACGAGGAUACGAUGGAUUCUUUUCUCCAAAGUCACGUGCCAAAAUCAUGUCUGAGCAGGAGAAAAAGCAUGUGGAUGGCUGUGCAAUAUUCUUCAAAACUGAAAAAUUCACACUGGUGCAGAAGCAUACGGUGGAGUUCAACCAGGUGGCAAUGGCUAACUCAGAAGGUUCAGAAGCUAUGUUAAACCGAGUGAUGACGAAGGACAACAUCGGAGUUGCCGUGGUGUUAGAGGUGCACAAAGAAUUAUUUGGAGCAAGUAUGAAAUCGCUUCAUGUGGACAAACAGCUGCUUAUUGUGGCCAAUGCCCACAUGCACUGGGACCCCGAAUACUCAGAUGUGAAACUCAUUCAGACUAUGAUGUUUGUCUCGGAACUGAAAAAUAUCCUCGAGAAAGCCUCAAGCAGGCCUGGUAGCCCAACAGCAGAUCCUAACUCUAUCCCUCUGGUGCUGUGUGCGGAUCUCAACUCAUUGCCUGAUUCAGGUGUAGUGGAAUACUUAAGCAAUGGCAUAGUAGCUGACAACCACAAGGACUUCAAGGAGUUGCGUUAUAACGAGUGUCUCAUGAACUUCAGUGGCAAUGGGAAAAACGGGGCUUCUGAAGGAAGAAUUACGCACGGCUUCCAACUCAAGAGCGCCUACGAAAACAACUUGAUGCCUUACACCAAUUACACUUUUGAUUUCAAAGGUGUGAUUGACUACAUUUUCUAUUCCAACACUCACAUGAACGUGCUUGGUGUCCUGGGGCCUUUGGACCCUCAGUGGCUGGUUGACAACAACAUCACUGGGUGUCCACACCCUCACAUCCCUUCAGACCACUUCUCACUGUUAACACAACUAGAACUCCAUCCUCCGCUCCUGCCUCUUGUCAACGGUGUGCACUUGCCGAACAGGAGGUAGUGGAGCCCUGCCCCUUUGAGGGCAAGGACCUGUUGUUAUGGACCUGUACAGUUGUAAAUCAAAGUAUAUAGGAGUGAAGUAUGGCCAACCUUAAGCUGCUUCUUCAAGCUCCUCUCCUUAUGUGUUUGAUAUGAGAUUUUGCACAUUUUGGUGCAUACUGGUAUCAUUUGGCACUAGGGCUGGAACCAAAGUAUUAUUCCCUUUUCCACGUUUUUAAUUUAAUUCUUUUUUGUUUUGUUUGUUUUUAAACCGGCAAGCUUUUUCUUUUCAGUAGAAAGCUGCACUUAGAAACGGACAAAUGAGAUUAAAAACUUGCUUACUAACAUAUUUCAAGGUAAUGCUUUUUUCCAGAACGGGGCAAAAUGAGCCAACUUUUAGGAGGAAGAAAAACAAACAUAGGAAUGCUUGUUUUGUAGGAAGAAUUAUUAGAAAUACUGUUUGUUUGAACCCAGACCAGGGGCUGAACUCUGCAUCCAAAAUAAAUUUUGCACGUUAGCGAAGCACUUAAUACCUGACUAUAAAUGAUCAGCAGCGGGGCCCUGCCCCUCAAUCUAACUGCUGUUAGAAAACCAAAGAUGGCUUAAUACCUGUGACGAAAUGUGAGGUCUAAAUUCUCCCGACGUAACUUCAUUGACAACGAAAAUUGGAAGCGAAGCUGCGUCUCGCGAGACUCGGCGGGCGAGCGCUGAACGCCGUGUGUAGAUCGCUUGCUCAGCGGGCGCCACGGUGGCUUUUUUUUUUUUUCCGGAGCUCUCGAGGGCUCGGCCCUUCCUGGGCGAGACGCGCAGGGAUCCGAAGGAGCUCUGUGAAACAGAGCUGCCUCUCCGCUUCGGCCAGCCCGGGCCGCCCGCUGCUCGGCGGCACCGCGUGGGAGCAGGACUUAGAAACGGUAAGAAAUCGCACUUGAAAGGAGCCGUUGCAAGCGGUUGGGUUCCGGGCGAAUAAAGAAGUUGCAAAUCCAUCUUAGGGUCCCUUCCCCCAAGCUCAGUUGCAAAGACGGGGCGCUUGGGAUUAACUGCUUAAGCGUAGGGUGCAGGAAAAAAGCCGCUGGAAAUGACCCGACUUCUGUCUCCGAAGGGCACGCGGGGCAGCUGUCGGCAUGCUUUUUGCUUUGGGGGAGCAAGCGGUGGCCGCAGUCAUUCCUCGGAUUAUUUUUCCUGACCCUAGUUGCCAAAUAGCCAUCACACUUUUUGAUCAAACUUUCUUUUCCGUUGUCAGUCAGGGUUGAAUUGAAAAGCUGCUGGUUCAUUCCCAACCGUUGAUGCUCUUUGGAUGUGUUGGAAAUCCCUUCUUUUUUUUUUUUUUUUUUUUUGUUUGUGCUCUAGGUGGCCAGUUCAAAACCUGGUGCCUCAAGAGGCAUUAAACAUAAUGCAAUUUUCUGAAAAAUUGGUUGGCUGCUUAAUGUUUAAAAAAAAAAAAAAAAAAUGGCACAGUGAUAGGAAAAGGUUGUGUCUGUGUUUUUAAGUUUUUCUUUAUUCUGCUUUUUUGCUGCUAUAAGAUUUUCUUGAAUUUAUAUUUUAAACUUUUCAUGCACUUUACUGUUUCUAGUCUCAAAAUGUGAUAUUUUUAAUAAAUGCAAAAAUUUUCCAUUAUGUGAAUGAAAUUUUUAAACAGAUUGAUAGCCUAUAUUUAUGUCUCAUUCGUAUACUUAAAAAAAAAAGUCAAAUUUAAAUUAUGAAAUUAAAUACUAAGGAGCCAUCUUCUGUCUUGCAAAACUGCUAAGUCAGGCUGUUCCUCUACUCUAUAAUUAAAGAUUUCCUUUGUCGUUUUAUACAUAGGAAAUUAUCCGGAGGGAAACAAAAAUCAGUUGAACCUAGAGUAGAAACUAUUCCCUGACUCUCGUUGGGGGCCGGGGAGGGGGUGGUGUGGGACAGAACUCAAAAAUGGGUUCAGCGAAACAGCAACUCCCUUUUAAAAGAAGUGCCUAAAAAUCGGAGGCGUCAUCUAUUGUCGACUAUAAAUUGGAAGCGACCGUAGCCGGGUGAAAUUUCUGUACAGCAAUUGCUUUGUGCAGCACCAAAAAAAAAAAAAAAAAAAAAAAAACCGAAACCCUUUCUAAAGACGGAUUCUCCUCGAGGUGCAGGUGUCUCUUUUUUAAUAUACCUCAGCGUCCGCCACCUAGCCAUUGCAGAGAAAUUGCGAAAGCGACUUGAGAGUAUAGUACUGGAAAGUAGAAUAGCAUGAAAAACUUAAUUUUGUGGACAUUACCUUUCUGUAAUCAGCUACUGUAUCUUUUUUGGAGGGGGGGGUGCUCUGCUCUGGAGGUGUGCACUGACGAACCCUUCUCCUCCUUUUUCCUACACGCAUGUUAACUAGCAACGUGAGCAGUAUUUCCUACCAUACUUCACUCCCAAUAUUUUUUGAGAUGUUUGUAUAAAAUGGAAUUUAAAAUUCACCUAUGAUUGUAUAUGAACUGCAGAGGAGCCCAUUUAUUAAUAAAAAUAAAAAACAGCAAUGUUUUGUAAUACCGGGGUGGGAGAGGAUGGGGGUGAAAAAGAAAAAAAAAAAAAAGAACCCUGACCAACAUUGUAAACUGCUUAAGUUUGACUUUUCCUUUGGUUUCUAACCGAUUGAAGUGUUCUGUUGCGGGAAGGUGGUUAAUUGGAUUUUCUCUGCUGCAAAAUGCACUUCCAAACGUCCAUUACGCUGUGCAAUUUUUUCAGAAAAAGUCAUUUUAACAGACAUUGCACAAAACCUCUGGAUUUAAUUUAAAAAAAAAAAAAAAAGUCUGGUUCAUGUUUCUGUCAGUGCGCGUAACGGGGGACACGUUUCCCUGCCUUUCGUGUGUCUGGCUCCCCCCCCCCCCCGUUUUCGUUUUGUUUUUUCCUCCUUCCCAGCAGGAGCAGUAAGGGGAUUGUGCUUUUCUCUCCGGGCCGAGCAGCGGCGCCGCUCUCCGGGACGAUUUUCUGCUCUCGGGAGGGAGGGAGCGGGGAGCCGGCAUCCCCCGCGGUGAACACACGCACCGUCCAGAUGGCAACGCUGAGUUUCUUUUGACCCAGAAGGAGGCUGGCGGUCGGGUGUUUUCUAGGGGAGAGGGAAUAAUACGAAGUAAAAUAUCCCCAACCCGCGGCACAGGCGGCCGGGAAACCGUCAGUUCUCUCCAUCACUGAGCCUCAGUUCCCAGCACAUCGCAGUGCCCUCGCAGCUGAUGCCCAGGAAAAAUAAUAAAAAAAAAAAAAAAAAAAAAAAAAAAAGCCCUACGCCCUUUACUGCUCCUUGCUGGCUUGGUUUGCUUUCAAAAAUAUGGUGCCUGGUGUCAACUUCUAAGCAACAGCACUGCCUAAGGCAAGCAGAGAAAAAAAAAUCCAACACCCUUCGACAAGCAACUUUUUAAAAUUCAAUAUGGUAAAUCUGUUAGAUAUGGGGUUUUGUGUGUGUAUAUAUAUAUAUAUAUAAAAAAAAAAUGAAUUUUGUACAAUGUAGCUGAAUAUUUUUGUUUCCUUAUUUCGAUGUAAGGAGCACGAACACUUGCGUACCACACGCUGAAGUCAGGUAUGGCACAGUGGGGUCCGAGACCAGCUUUCCUUCCCAUUUGCCUCAUUAAAAGCUUUUGUCGUCCCUUUCCAGCA